AUGGCCAAGCUGCUGAGUGUCAUUCUCACUGCCUUACUUGCACCCAUCUCGGUAUCCGCGGCACUGUACGAGAGGGUGAUAAAGACCCAAUAUGGUGACAUCCAGGGAUAUCCAGCGUUCAAUAGCUCGCCUAUUGGGAAUCUGACGCAUUGGCGGGAUAUCACCGUAUGGAAAGGAAUCCCCUUUUCGGGUACAACUGCUGGCUUGAAUCGCUUCCGAGAACCCCAGCCUGCCAGCCCUUGGAACGACACAUUAGAUACCUCUGACUGGGGCCCAAUCUGUCCGUCAGCGACAUCAGGCCCGACCAAGUUUACCAUUGACGAGAAUUGUCUCAAUUUGAACAUUUGGAGUGCAGCUAAUUCAACUGAUGCCCGUCUACCUGUUGUCAUGUGGAGCAACCCAGCACAGUCCACGGCAGCAGAUGUGCUCUUCAAUGGCGGUGGGAUGGCCGACAAGGGUAUUGUCUUCGUAAACUAUAACUACAGGACAGGCUCCUUUGGUUGGCUGGCUCAUCCGGAGCUGACAGCUGAAUUCUAUAAGGUCUCUGGAUCGAAUUCCUCUGGUAACUGGAGCAUGUCUGACCAAUUUGCUGCCCUGAAAUGGAUUCGCGAGAAUAUUGCUGCCUUUGGAGGAGAUCCGGAACACAUCACUGUCAUGGGCCAAUCUGCCGGGUCAGCAGCGAGUCAACACAUCCUUAACAGUCCAUUAACGAAAGGUCAAAUUGUUGGCGCUAUUAUUGAAAAUGGUGUGCGCGAUAUUCAAGAUCCGCUCUGCUCAAGUGUAGCCGAGGCUUAUAUAACGCUGGAGGCUUCAGAAGCCGAAGGCAUUGAGUAUUUGGCAUCGCUCAACGUGAGCACAGUUGCUGAGCUACGUAGCCUGCCAAUGGACGAUCUUAUCACCGCAAGCGGCGGGCUAAAUGGCGAUGCUGAAUGGAUGUUCUCGGCCACGCUCGACUAUUAUGCGAUGCCGGACACAUACUAUAACACAUUGGUCAAGGGACUUGCGCAUAACGUACCCAUCAUCACUGGGAAUGCCAAGGACGAGAAUGGCGCGGUCUAUGGCAUAAACAUCACUGUGGCAGAGUACCUGGCCAACAUGACCGACAGCUUCUCAGGAAAAUGGCUGGAGCGCUUUCUAGUUGAGUACCCAGCUAGCACAUCACAACAAGCCCGCGGCGCGUUUAAUGCACAAUGGACCGAGCGCUCCACAGUGGGCACAUGGCUGUGGGCACAGCUCUGGGCUACAGCUCGAACAGCACCUGUGUAUACUUACUUCUGGGACCAUGCACCACCCGGUCAAGAUCAGGGAGCUUAUCAUGAGUCGGAGAUCAACUAUGUGCUGAAUAACCUGUAUGAUACUACCGACCUUCCAUGGAUGGCGAAGGACUAUUGGAUUGCCGACCAGAUGAACUCCUACUGGGUCAACUUCAUCAAGACGGGAAACCCCAAUGGAGUGCAUUCUGCGGGCCGCCAACUCGUGGAAUGGGCUGCCACAAACAGCACGGAGGUGGUACAGCAUGUUGGGAAUGGCUGGGGACCGAUCCCGAUUGCCUCGCAGGAUAAGAUUGAUCUCUUUGGAGAAUGGUUUGAGACAUUGCCGUACUUCUGA